GCCUCCCCAGUCUUCAUAUAAUGGCACUCGAUUUCUCUAAGUAUGGCGGGCCAUCCGAAGAAUGGCUCGCUGUGGAGAAAACGCUUCCCGCGUUGACUUUCGAUAUCAACACGGAUCCAGUCACUCUUCGCAGUGCUGUCAACACGGAGCGCGAAAACCGCACUGCUGCUGCAAUGGCGCAAUUAUCGGCACACGUACAUACCAAGGACUAUUCCAUCCCCACGCGUGACGGCUCAUCUAUCCAAGCGCGAACUUAUCGCUCUGUGAAGAAGUCCGAAUCGGAGAAGCUUCCAAUCUACCUUUAUUUCCACGGGGGCGGAUUCAUAUUCGGGUCUCUGGAUAGCGAGGAUGCUACGUGUGCGCAAACAGCGAUCAAGACUGGAGUAAUUGUGCUAAACGUCAACUACCGGCAUACCCCUGAACAUGUCUAUCCGACUGCCUGGAACGACACUGAAGAUGCGCUUGCAUGGCUCCAUCAAAACAUUGACACGGUUGGCGGUAGGUCUGACCAGGUCGUUGUCGGCGGCGUCAGUGCCGGCGGACAGCUUGCCGCGGCCCUGACACUUGAACAGCACCUCAAAAAGAGCGACGUAACGAAGGACCUGCCUCCACUUGCCGGUCAGGUCCUCAUCAUACCAUGUGUCGCAGAUCCAAAAACAUAUGAUCAAGGGCCAGGCAAGAAGCUGAAGGUCUCGUCGUACAUCGAGAACGAGCACGCUCCAAUCUUGCCAAAGAAGACCGUAGAGUUUUUCACGGGUUUGCUGAAAGCACCACAGCCAGAACUGAAGGAUACCAGGCUAAAUAUCGUCAACUCGACAGAGGAUGAGGUGACGGGCUUGCCACCUACGAUUUUCGGCAUUGCGGGCUUGGAUCCUUUGCGAGAUGAAGCCUUGCUUUAUGCCAAACUGCUGUCGGAAGCCAACGUCCCCACUGAGACACGUUUGUUCAAAGGCGUACCGCACGGACACAGGAGAUUCGGUGAUGCAUUGAAGGCGUCCAAGCACUGGGAUGACUGUGUUGAGGAAGGCAUUCUAUGGGUAUUAUCGAAGCCACAGGCGACCGGCAAGUUCGAAGUCAAGCUCCCAUGAUAAGGGAAACAACGUGUAUCGAGUAUUGUUACAUUCUCUCGCUAAUUGAGUAAAUCAUGGCACA